AGAUAACUGAAAAUAAGUACUGGUAAGCUGGAGAGUCCCACAGGACCAUGACCUGAAACCCUAACCACUAAUCGUUGGUCGGAUUGUCAACAAAAGGGAAAACAUGUAACCUGCGCUCCAAUUGAGCAAAACCUCAAUAACGGCCCUGCUCUGAUUUGCAUCAAUUGAAGGUCAAGGGUUCGAGUCCUUUGGACACAGCAUUACCAUCAAAACUGAUAAUGGCGAGCAGGAUUCUUCAAACCCUAGCUCGCAGAUGUCCCGAAAGGAAAAUUCCCCCAUGGCGUUAUCGUUCGAGCGCCUCCAUCCACGCCCCCGCUAUCACCGUAGAAGAUUCAUCAGAAACCCUACCUGCUUCUCCUCCUUUCCCGCUCUACGACCAGCUGGCGGAAGAAGUGAAACAGAAGCUGAAAAAGCUGAAAAAUCUCGACCCGAGGUUUCUCCAAUACAACAACCCCGUGCCCAAGUUGGUCGACCACGGAUCGAUUCUGGCAGCCCCCGCGACGCGCGUAACGGUUCUGGAAAAUGGACUGAGGGUGGCCACAGAGUCCGACCUCGCCGCGCAGACGGCGACGGUUGGGGUAUGGAUCGACGCUGGAAGCCGCUUUGAGACGGAUGAGACCAACGGGACAGCGCACUUCCUGGAGCACAUGAUCUUCAAGGGGACCAAGAAGCGUUCCGCUAGGGUUCUCGAGGAGGAGAUCGAGAACAUGGGAGGCCACCUCAAUGCUUACACUUCCAGGGAGCAGACUACUUAUUAUGCCAAGGUUUUGAAGAAUGACGUGCCCAAAGCCCUCGAUAUUUUGGCAGAUAUUUUGCAGAAUUCAUGUUUUGCUGAGGACCGAAUUGCCAGGGAGAGAGAUGUAAUUCUCAGAGAAAUGGAAGAGGUAGAGGGCCAAGGGGAAGAAGUUGUAUUUGACCAUUUACAUGCAACUGCGUUUCAAUAUAGUCCUUUGGGAAGAACAAUUUUAGGACCUGCAAAAAAUAUCAAGACAAUUACAAAAUCUCAUCUGCAGCAGUACAUUUCCACCCAUUACACGGCUCCUAGAAUGGUCAUUUCUGCAGCUGGUGCUGUGAAACAUGAAGAAAUUGUGGAACUAGUUAAGAAAUUGUUUAGUAAUCUACCAUCAAGUGGGAUAACUACAAAUCAGCUGGUAGAGAAAGAGUCAUCCAUCUUCACUGGAUCAGAGGUUCGCAUGAUAGAUGAUGAUGUCCCUUUAGCACAAUUUGCGGUAGCAUUUAAUGGAGCUUCAUGGACAGAUCCAGAUUCAAUUGCAUUGAUGGUUAUGCAAACAAUAUUGGGGUCUUGGAACAAGAGUGCUGGAGGUGGCAAGCACAUGGGGUCAGUCCUUGCUCAGAAGGUUGCAAUAAAUGACAUGGCUGAGAGUAUAAUGGCUUUCAACACUAACUAUAAAGACACUGGAUUAUUUGGUGUUUAUGCCAUAGCUAAGCCAGAUGGUUUGGAUGAUUUAUCCCAUGUUAUAAUGCACGAGAUCUGUAAGCUGAUAUAUCGAGUUACAGAAGAUGAUGUUACUCGGGCAUGCAAUCAGUUGAAAUCAUCUUUACAGCUUCACAUUGAUGGCACCAGUCCUGUUGCAGAAGAUAUUGGUCGGCAGUUGCUGACAUAUGGCCGGAGGAUCCCAGCUGCAGAACUGUUUGCUAGAAUAGAUGCAGUUAAUGUGGCUACAGUGAAUCGAGUAGCAAACCGAUUCAUCUUUGAUAGGGAUGUGGCCAUUGCAGCAAUGGGACCCAUUCAGACCCUUCCUGACUAUAACUGGUUCCGCCGCCGCACAUAUUGGCUCCGUUAUUAGAUGAUAUAUUUAUUUUUCCUGAAACAAGGAAAGGUUGUUACUGGAAGCUGCCUACAAUUGUCUUUUGAAUAACGACUAGAAGAACUUGCAAAUAUUUUAUAAGAGAUGGUGGUCUUAUAAUUGGAGCUCUGUAGGCUGACAGUUCCUUUCCUCUUUAUUAUUUUCAUUGAUGAGUCAACUAAAUUGCAUUGCUCAUCUUUGCAUUUCUUUAGAGAAUUAUUGUCUUCAACAUGACAAUUUUUCAUUCAUGUUUUAGCUCAGUGCCUGUGAAUGUAAUCUUUUUUGAAAGGAAUAAAAUUAUUACCACGUAGUAA